AUCUAGUGCCCCUGCGCGUGUCUCGCGCUAGCUCUAUAAGUAUAGUCACGCGAGAUUGGGCGCGGCCUUGCUCGUGAGAGUGUUCCCUCGAGAUCGAGCCAUCAGCUCGAGUGCUGCUCAGUUCACGCCAGGGAGGCAUGCAGCUCAUCAGAAGGGAACCUCAGACAAGCAUGGCGGGCGGCACGAGGUCACGCUGCCCCGUGCUGCUGCUCUUGCUCCUCGGUGUGACUACUGCUCGACUGGCUUCAGGCGUCGUCACCGACGGCCUAUUACCAAAUGGCAAUUUUGAGCUCGGGCCGGCCAAGUCCGAUCUGAACGGCACCAGGGUGAUGAACCAAAACUCCGUACCGAACUGGGAGAUCUUUGGGUUCGUGGAGUACAUCGGGUCCGGGCAGAAGCAGGACGACAUGAUCCUAGCAGUGCCGGAAGGUGCAUGCGCCGUGCGUCUGGGUAACGACGCGACCAUCCGGCAGAAGCUAGAAGUGAUCCGGAAGACGACCUACUCCAUCACCUUCUGCGCGGCGCGCACCUGCGCCCAGGCCGAGAGGCUCAACGUGUCCGUCGCCGCCGAGUCCGGCGUCCUCCCGAUCCAGACCGUGUACACCAGCAGCGGGUGGGACUCCUACGCCUACGCCUUCAGAGCCAGGCACAGCACCGCGUGGUUCAGCAUCCACAACCCCGGCCACGAGGACAACCCGGCGUGCGGCCCCCUCAUCGACUUCAUUGCCAUCAAGGCCCUGAACCCUCCGCCUCUCGCUCAGGGUAACAUGCUGAGGAACGGAGACUUCGAGGAGGGCCCGUUCAUCUUCCCGGACACGGCGUGGGGCGUGCUGGUGCCGCCGAUGAGCGAGGACGACGUGUCCCCGCUGCCGGGGUGGAUGGUCAUGUCGGACACGAAGGUCGUCAAGUACGUGGACGCGGCGCACCACGCGGUGCCGCGCGGCGCGCGCGCCGUGGAGCUGGUGGCCGGCAGGGAGGCCGCGCUGGUGCAAGACGUGCGCACCGUGCCCGGCCGGCGCUACCGCCUGUCGCUGUCGGUCGGGGACGCCGCGAACGGGUGCGAGGGCCCCAUGGCCGUCGAGGCGUAUGCGGCGCGGGCGACGCUGAGGACGACGUACGAGUCCCUGGGGAAGGGCGGGAGCAGGCGCGCCGCGGUCGAGUUCGAGGCGACCGCGAACCUCACGCGCGUGGUGCUCCAGAGCUACAACCACCACAUGAAGCCCGACGGGACGCUCUGCGGGCCGGUGGUGGACGACGUCUCCCUCGUCGGCCUGCGCUAGCACGCCGCGCGCAGGCGGUGGACCCUCUCUUUGAUGAUGACGAUGAUGCGGAAUCUAGUGCCCCGGCGGGGUUGUAAGGCUCUUUUUGGGCCUUGCAGUGUCUUCUGUGCCUCGGUUGGUGGAUAUUUUUGGUGGUUUCCCAUGUACAACAACAUGAUAACUGUUGGUGAUGGCACGCAUGUGGCACUAUUUUGGUUUGCCGAAACUAACUCUGAUAGAGUCGAUGACUCUCUGUUUUUCGGCAUGGAUAAUUUUGGUGUCUGGAACUUCUGUUAUUUGUUAUGUGGGCUCCGUUUCGAAACUUCUAGUUUGGCCAUUUUGAAGUUUUAUUUCCCUCA